UCCCAGGGAUUCUGGAUCUCCGCAGUUGAUCCCUGAUCGAUUCGAAUCCGGCCUGGGCGCGACCAAAUCGGUUGUCGCACGAGCUUCGCCCUGCGAGCACUGUCGCCGUCACUCGCGCAGCCAUCUCGGAGCUGCUUCUCCUUUCGUACACCUGAUUCCAGAUACACGACUGCCAGCUCUACGUGACGGCCUCCUGCACCAGACGAGGUAUUGCACGUGAGCAACAGCUUUGAUUAAAAUUACCCGCUCUGCUGGUUCCUGUAGUCUUUCUGAUCUCUCUCUGGAUCUUUUUCGAGGGGGUGCUCUCCUUGGCGCAUCUGCAUCUGCAUCAUCAUCAUCAUCAUCAUCACCUUUGCCUCCCAUCUAACAACCACCAUGCUACCUCCGAUUCCUGCUCUGGCAGACUAUGGCAUUUCGCCGGACCAUGGGUUCCUCCCCUCCGAGCUCCCCAUUGACGUUCUCCCCGAUCCGUACUAUGCUCGGUGGGAGUGGAUCGCGACCAAUAUCCCGGCCCUGUUGAUCAGCCGACGGAUGCGGGAGGCGGUGGAUCAAAUGCCCAUGCUGUCCGUUUCAUACCUGCAGUGCGAGAGCGAGUGGCGGAGGGCCUACGUGGUACUGGUGUUUAUGCUACAUGGCUAUGUCUGGGGUGGAAGCAGGCCCGCCGAGAAAAUCCCUCCUCAAUUGACAGUGCCGCUGUUCGACGUGUGUGAUCACCUGGGUUUGCCUCCCGUGGCGACGUAUGCGGGCGUGUGCCUGUGGAAUUACAAGCCGAUCUUCCCCGACGAACCGGUGGAUGACCUGAGUAACCUGGACAGCAUCAACACCUUCACGGGCUCCUACGACGAGAAGUGGUUCUACUUGGUGUCGGUGGCCAUCGAGGCUCGGGGGGCGCCGUCGAUCCCGCUGGUUCUGCAGGCCAUCGCCGCCGCGCGGGCGGGCAACAGCCUCGUCGUCACCGAGUGUCUGCAGCAGCUGGCAGAGGUGAUCGACGAGGUCGGGGCCCUGCUGGAGCGCAUGUAUGAGCAUUGCGACCCGUACGUGUUCUACCAGCGCAUUCGGCCAUACCUGGCUGGCAGCAAGAACAUGGCGGACGCCGGCCUCCCCCAUGGGCUGCUGUACGACACAGGCCGUGGCGAGCCAGAGUAUCGGCAGUACGGCGGGGGCAGCAACGCGCAGAGCUCGCUGAUCCAGUUCUUCGACAUCGCGUUGGGCAUCGAGCACCGUCCCACGGGCGAGAUGCGGCCUGGUGGUACACCGCCCACGAAGGAGCAGGAUGGGGUGGCCGGGGCGCCGCGCCACGGCUUCAUCCAGGAGAUGCGCUCCUACAUGCCCGCCGCCCACCGCCGCUUCCUGGAACACGUGAGCGCGGUGGCCAACAUCCGCGAGUAUGUGGAAGCGCGCCGAUCGGACAAGGCGCUGUGCAUCGCGUACGACGCCUGUCUGUCGAUGCUGCGCGUGAUGCGCGACAAGCACAUCCAGAUCGUGUCGCGAUACAUCAUCAUCCAGUCGCGCGACGCACGGCCGGCCCGGAAUUACUCGCGCGCCAUCAGCCCCAAGCGGCACCACCACCAACACAUGGCAGCCCCGAUGAACCUGGCCACCGCCGCGCGCUCCGGCGACAAGACGGACCCCAAGAAGCUGCGCGGCACGGGGGGCACGGCGCUCAUCCCGUUCCUGAAACAAGCGCGCGACGAGACGGGCGAGCCCGCCAUUGACGCGUGGGCGCGCCGCCUGCUCAGCAACGGCCCGUCGGAGUCCAGCUUCGCGGCUCUGAGCAAGGUGGGCGAGAACCACGACGGCCAUCUCCAGGUGGUCGGGCUGUCGGGGACGUGGGCGGCGGACGAUAGCGAGGGGGGCAUCUGUCACUGGUAGUUUUCUUGUCUAGUUGUAUUAGCCCAGCAUUCUUGCAAGCGUUACAAAUCAUUUUUCCGAGCGGACCCACGGGCCACAAAUUGGCAUCGUGUCGUUGUACAUAGAUCGCGAACCAAGAGCC